AUGCAAGAGGCAGGGAUCGAACCCCUGCCCUUGCGUAUCAAACACUUAUAUCCAACGCGCUCAUCACCAGACCACCGCCCAUUCGCUGCUAACCUGGAACAUUUGUUAUUAGUAUGUGAACUACUUAAAGCAAACUUAUACGAGUUUCAUAAAUUUAAUAGAGAAUCAGGGGGUGAAGUUUACUUUACGAUGCCGAGGUUGCAGUCAAUUACCAUUCAGUGUUUGGAAGCACUUCAAUUUUUGCAUAGCCUUGGACUGAUACAUUGUGACUUGAAGCCAGAGAAUAUAUUGGUUAAAAGUUAUAGCAGAUGUGAAAUCAAGGUCAUUGAUCUUGGAAGUAGUUGUUUUGAGACAAAUCACCUUUCCUCGUAUGUUCAGUCAAGGUCCUAUCGUGCUCCUGAAGUUAUUUUGGGACUUCCAUAUGACAAGAAGAUUGAUAUUUGGUCACUUGGCUGCAUCUUGGCAGAGCUUUGUAUUGGCAACGUUAUCUUCCAAAGCGAUUCACCGACAACAUUACUUGCUCGUAUUAUCGGGAUAAUUGAUCCAAUAGAUCAAAGUAUGCUUGCAAAAGGAUGUGAUACAUACAAGUACUUCACCAAAAAUCAUAUGCUUUAUGAACGGAAUCAAGAAAGCAAUAGGUUAGAAUACUUGAUUCCGAAAAAGACAUCGUUGAGGCAUAGAUUACAUAUGGGAGACGAAGGGUUUAUUGAGUUUGUUGGUCAUUUGCUUGAGAUCAACCCAAAGAAGAGGCCGGCUGCAUCCGAAGCUCUGAAGCACCCUUGGUUGUCUUACCCUUACGAACCUAUAUCAUCUUGA